ACCAGUGACCGGCUUUUCAGAAUUCUCUGAUGUUUACCGUAAAUUGUGGAAAAAGUUGAUUUCUUUUAAAAUAGUUCGUUCGAAACGCUUCUUAACCGAUACUGUGUAAACAUAAUUAAGCUGCAAUGAAUAUUUCGGAAAUGAAUGGUCAAUCGGAUGCAAUUGAAUAUGCUGGGAAUAUGCUUGAUCGACAUGAUAUGUAUGAUAAUUCAGCGCCAAGUUUGUUGGAGGUUACUGGAAUCACCCAACACGGAAUGGCUACGGCUAGUGGUCUGAACGAUUUCGAUUAUCAAAGUCUGACCAAUCUGUCAAUGGGCCUGAAAAAUCUCAAUCAAAUCGAAUCGGUCGGUAAAAUCCCGAUCCCACCCGAAGUCAUGGAACAUUUCAACCAUAUCAAUUGUCAUUGUAUGAUGGGACUGUUUCCGGAGAUUGGACGAGCGUGGUUGACUAUUGACUCGGACAUUUAUAUUUGGACCUAUGAACAUGGCAGAGACGCAGCAUAUUUCGAUGGUUUGAACCAUUUAAUUGUGAGCGUCGGCCUGGUUCAGCCGAAACCAGGCGUUUUCAUAUCGGACGUAAAAUAUUUAUUAGUUUUAACGACGCCAAUCGAAAUCGUUGUGCUCGGUGUUACGUUCGGUGAUACCACAACGUCGCUACCAUCGACCGGUGACCGAACAAGUUACAAUGAAAUGCAACUGAUGAACAAGCCAAUUUUCAUCGUAAACACUGACGUCGCAAUUACAACCGUUGUGGGAACGAAAGAUCACCGGAUACUUCUGGGCGGUCGAGACGGAUGUUUGUACGAAAUUUCCUACAGAGCCGAAUCAACAUGGCUGGGUAAACGGUGUUGGAAAGUCAAUCACUCGCAAGGAUUGAUGUCGUACAUGGUGCCAGGGUUUUUGAAAGUGUUUUCGGAAGUUGAUGCCAUCGUCAAAAUGGUUGUUGAUGACUCCAGACACCUCAUGUAUGCGUUGACGGAAAAAGGAGCGAUAGAAGCGUGGCAUUUGGGAACAGACAGCCAAGACACCCGACGAUUAGCCAGAAUGUCACAAAGUGACAUCGCAUACCAUGCCCGAAACAUCCUGACGACCAUCGACGAACUCGUUUUCAAACCGAUUGUGGCCAUUUGUCCACUAACAGCAAGUGAUUGUCCGAAUUUGCAUCUGGUCGCAGUCACCCAACAUGGUGUCCGAUUGUAUUUCUCAACCGUGCCACUGAUACAGCAACAAAAUGUUAACGUGCCCAACGAAUCGAUGAAACCACAAGGCUUGUAUCUAUUGCAUGGGCGACUGCCGCCUGGCUACACACCGAAUGCUACCAUUGGGAAACCUAAGCUUAUUCAUUCCGCUUUCUACAGCAACGGAACACUCUUAAUGGUCUCCACACCACAACAAGAUCAAGAUGUACUGUGGUCACUUAGUGCCGAACCAUUCCCAUUGCGACCGUACUUGGCCGAAUCCUCCACCGUAAUGCCAUUAAACGGCCAAGUGUGGAGCAUCGCCGAAAUGGGAAGUGACAAUUCGUCAUCGACGAUCAGCAGUCCACUGCAAAAUGCGAAAACCAAUAAGAAGGUGGUGUUGCUGACCAAUCAAGGAGUGCAAAUCGUUUCGCUCGUCAAGCCGAUGCACAUGUUGAUGCAGUUGUUACUGGCAUGCCACGGACCGCAUCAUGACGCAAUCAAAGGAUACUUCCAGAGUCAAACGGAAGCGAAUGCGUGCGCGACCAGUGUUCUGUUGGCUUGUAUGGAAGCGUUCCGAGGUACUGACAUUGGAAUGUGGGCAACGCAGGCCUUUAUGUUGUACGGCGGAGAGCCGAACUUUGGAGGAAAUUAUUUGGUGAAAAAUCCGGCAACAGUGACUCGGCAGUUGGGUAGCCCAUGGCCAAACAAUCAGAAUCGUAACAUGCAGAUGUUUAUGUCGACACCGCUCCAUUCUACUCCGAGAAGUACUUUAUCGAUGCAACAACAACAGCAACAGCAGUAUCCUGUCUCGCCAAUCACCAAUCAAAUUUUGAAUCCCGGACCGAGUGGUGACCCAACCGCAAACAUUUGCUAUUCGUUUAAACACGCCGGCCUCUAUCUGCACAUAUGCCGUCUGUUGCGGCCGAUUUGGAAGAAGAAAUGCAUCUCGUCGGUGGACGGCAACAGUUCCAUAACGAAUUUCGACUGUGCGCACAUUUUGGACGAUCUGUACGCCGCGAAGACGUUCGUCGAUUCAUUUCUGAUGAACAACAUGUCCAACUAUAUCGGUCAACAUUCCAUGGUGGGGAAUACGCUGGGUGCGUUUCAGAGCCACGAUAACUCGAUGAAUAGACAGCAGCUGGAGCAGGCGAUGACGGAAGAGAAGAGAUCGUUCGGAGCGUUAGCUUUGUUCAUAAAACAUGCCUGUGAGGUGAUCGGUUUAUGGAAGAUUCUGUGCGAACAUCAAUUUCCCCAAAUGUUUCGCAGCUUACAGAAGGAGGAACAAGACAUUCUCUGUUGUUGCACAUUCAGGGAUUUAAUUCUAUCUCGUGCCGAUACCUGCGCUCAGUUCAUUGUGUCCCUCAUCAAUACCUACUUGAAUGACAAUGCAACCGUGGGUGCCAUAUCGUCAAAAUUGCGAGACGUCUGCCCGAAUCUCUACCGCCACGAAGACGCAGUCGCCCACAAAGCAACGGAAAUUCUGAUAUCGUCACGAAAUUGUACCGACAAUGAGGAGCAAAAAGAGAAACUUCAUACGGCUCUGCAGUUGUGCAAAGACGCCGCACCGAAUCUACCGCUGUCGAACAUUUGUCAGCAAUUUACUUUAGCCAAUUUCUAUCAGGGUGUGAUCGAACUGUGUGCUGUGUGUGCGGCAAAAAUUGAUCCGAACGGAGCGGCCAUACAUUUUUACAAGAACAAUGAACCGCCCGGCGACCAAGAGGGCUACAUUGUGUUCUCGAGGCGAAUGGAUUUCUACAAGGAAAUCAAGUACAUGCUCGACCAAUUCUAUCUGAACGCUUGCAAUAAGAAUGCGUCACGUGACUUGACCAGAUCGGCUGACACUCAGGAACCGACGUUGAACUCUCAGAUAUUGAAUGUCGUCACAUUGGCACUACAGACACCCGAUCAGUUGCUACAGAAUUCGGUGUACGAAUGGUUGCUGUCACAGAAUCUGCUGUCCGAAUUGCUGGAUAUCUCAGAACCUUCACUCGGCGAAUUCCUAACGCACUCGGUUAAACAACGACCGGACGAUUUAGGCUUGGCUGAUUUGUUGUGGAAGUACCAUGAACUGAAUGGGCAGCACUCUGCAGCUACAAAUAUCCUUGACAAUUUAGCAUCGAUACAGAGCGAUGCCAUACCGCUGAUCCAACGAAUUGAAUACUUGGGCAGAGCUGUAAUGUGUAUGCGUAGUGACACCAUCGGAUACUCGGCCAAUAACGGAUUCCUAUUGAAGAACUUAGAAGACAAGCUGGACAUUGCCCGCGUUCAGAAGCUCUUGUUGGACACACUGUCGAAUCAGAACGAUCACGAAUCACAGCGAGCCGUUAAGGAGCUGAACGCGUCAUUGUUCGACCUGACCCAAUUGUACACCGACUUUGCCGAACGAUUCGACAUGCCCGAAUGCAAAUUGACGAUUUUGAAUUGUUCCCAUCACCAUGACCCAUUGCUGGUGGAAUCCGUUUGGACGCAGAUUCUCGACCGUGAAAUGCAUCUGCCCGGCUCACCGUACGAAAAAUCGUCUCGACUCCUUUCUAAAGUUCAAAUUUUGGCCAAAGAGUACAUUAGUUCGGGCAACUGUUUCCCCGUCGCGUUUCUGAUACACGAAUUGGAGUUGAGGUGCUGCCAGUUACGAUUGGAACAAUCACCGGUGCCGGACGCACUCAUUGCCAUGGGAAUCGAUGUGGAUUUACUGCUCGAUAUUUACGCUCGGAUGAUAUCGAUGAAUGAACGGGUGUGGGCAACCGAAGGAAACGAGUAUCAUCUGGUUCAAGCUACAACGCGAUUAAUCGCCGCUAUCGUGGCACAACCGAAUUUAAUUUCUGUACGAAAUAGACGACGAGUUGCAUUGAAAGCUCAAGAUUUAACAUCGGCGUGUCGAAGUGUAUUGCAUCCGAAGCCGAUGAACGACACUAAGUUUAUGAUUGACGCACUGUUGGAUAUCGAAGCCAAACUUCAAAGGAUUUAGUCUAAGUAUUUGAAUUCGGUUAUUAAAAUGAGGAAAGUUACUGCA